GUUUAAUCAGUUCGACCAAAUUACUAUAUUGCAACCGUGAGACUCGACAACGAGAGGAAUAGGGAGUACAUUGAAGCUACCAAUCGUCGAAACUAAUGAACUGAAUGGUGGCAAAAACAACGAAGAGAGAAACCUGUGAAGCGACUUGAAUGAUGCUGAAAGCAAAUGGACGAAUUCUCAGACAGCUUUGACUGAAACGAUAUGAUUAGACACCAUCUUUGAGAUAAAGAGCGUGGGCGUCAAAAUUCUUUAAUCAUGGAAAACAUUUCGCAUUCAAGCAACGACUCAAAUAAUUUAGGACAUGCUCUGAUUGAGCCUCAAGAAAUUUGGUAUUGGACCAUCAAGGUUAUCAUCGCUUUUCUAGCAAUUGUGGGUAAUGGCAUCGUCAUCUUCUUGAUCGUUUCAAAACGGCGCCUACGCGUCACGAACAACUGGUUUGUGCUAUCCUUGGCAAUUGCGGACUUUUGCAUUGGCUUGAUAACAACGUCCACUGGAAUCCUUUGUACGUUUGGAUUUCAGUGCGACUGGCGAUUACAAAUUGGAGUGUACAACUUCCUGCUUUACACCUCCACACUAAACUUGUGGGCGAUGGCUAUCGACAGAUAUGUUGGAAUUGUACAUCCAUUGCGUUACAUGUCACUAAUGACAUUCAAGCGAGCUUCAGCGAUGAUAGCUAUGUCUUGGUUCACCUCCUUUCUUGCCGCAUUUGUCCGUUUGUUUUGGCUCUAUGGUAGAGUCGACAAAACGAUCGAUAGGUACUAUCGCAUGGUAACUGAUCUUUUAUUCGGUGUUUUCUCGUGCGUGAUGUUAGUGACUGUUUAUGGGCGUAUCUUUUACAUCUGCCGAGAAAAACUCAGACAAUCAACUACACAAAUAGAUCAAGUAAUUUUUAAUCACUCCUCAAGUGUUCCACAACGCCUUAAAAAGGCCAGAAGAAAUGCAUCAGCAGAAGUUCUAGGACUAGUGAUUUUAUUGUUUGUAAUUUGUUACAGUCUUAAUAUCUGUGUUUCAUUUUGCUCCAAUUUUGAUGUGUGCCACCUUAGUAGUCUUGUUGAUACUAUAGCUUUGUUGUUAGUGCACCUUAAUUCUGCGGUGAAUUUUGUUGUGUAUGCCCUCAUGAAGAAAGACAUACGCAAAGAAUUACAAAGGUUUUGGAGACCGAUGAGAUGUGAUAAUCCUGUUCAUCUAACUGAAUGCCGAGUUACCUUGGUUUAGAAAGAAAGACUGUAAGUUUAUGUAUAUAGUAUAAAACCAAACUCAAAACACAUCAAAGCGGUCAUUCGGUACAAAGGUAAAUAAUACAAACUCACUAACGAAAAAGGCCCGUGCUAAAAAAAACAGUUUACAUGUUUACGGACUUGAUCUGGAUGUUUUAGCAAGAAUUUCACCGCCAAAAAUAUUGCCAAUUGAAUAAGCUAAGAUAUUACAACAGACAAAUGUUGGCAACAGAAAAAGGGCCACCGUAAGGUCAUUUGAAAUAAAAGUUGGGCGUAGUGUCUAAAACGGAGACCGGCUCAGAAACUACGCCCACCUUUUAUUCAAAUUACCUUACACUGACCCUUUGUUGUGACAAAAAAAAAAAGGUUCGCCACUUUGCUAAACGUUAUUGUUAUAACAUUUACAUACAUUUAUUGAACACAUCCCCAUCUGGGGCUUUUCAGUGAACAAAUUGGAUUACAAAAUUAA